GGCGGUGUAGGGUUUUUACUUCUGGUUUUAUUUUUAUUUCUAUUUUUAUUUAUUUUUGUAAUGUUCAUGCCUUAAGUUUAAAGUGUAAUGAAAUAUAUUUGGUGUUUGGACCAUUCGAAUUGUGAUCCAGAAUAUAGGGUUUGGAUUACAUAACCAGCUGCCACGCUUGUUCAAACUGAAAUAUAGAGAUUCUGGGAACGAUGGAAAUCGUCACCGGAGUCAUCAGCAUUGUUUCUUGCUUGUGGGGUUCCACCAACCUAUGCAAAUGUUACAUCAUCAACCUCCGAGAAAAUGUCGACUUGCUGAAGGAAGCCAUGGACGACUUGAAAUCCAUAAGGAACGACGUGAAGUCAAAGGUCGAUGCUGCCGAACAGAAACUUCUCAAAUGCACGGAUCAAGUGCAACGGUGGCUAAGAAAAGUAGAAAAGACCGAAAGACAAGUGAACGCGAUGGAAGUAGAAUUUCGGCAGAUGGCGAGGUGUUUUGGGAAUUGCCGUCCAAAUGGUUGGUCGGGCUACAAGCUUGGGAAGAAGGUGGCGAAGAUGCUGAAAGAUGUAGCUGUGUUGAAAAUCGAAGGCGAGUCCUUCAGUGAGGUGGCAUACAAGCCGCUUCCCGAUGCCAUUGAAGAGAUGCCUAGCACAUCAGCUGUGGGCAUGGACUCGAUGUUCCAGAAGGUUCUAAGUUGGCUUAAUGAAGAUGAAGUGGGAGUUAUUGGAAUAUUUGGAAUGGGGGGAGUCGGGAAGACGACUCUCCUAAAAAAGAUUAACGACCAAUUCCUUGUAAUAACUCAUGAAUUUGCUUUCAUCAUUUGGGUGGUGGUGUCUAAAGAGUUAAAUGUGGAAAAGAUUCAGAAGGAUAUCGGGCAGCGGUUGGGCUUGUCUUGGCCGGAGAAUGAAAGCAACAAUGAGACACGGGCUCGAGACAUUUACAAGGUCUUGAGCAAUAAGAAAUUCAUGCUGUUGUUUGAUGAUAUAUGGGAACGGUUGGAUCUAGAAAUGGUCGGAAUUCCCCAUCCAAGUAGCCAGAGCAUGAGCAAGGUUGUCUUCACUACACGAUUUGAGGACGUCUGUGGCCGGAUGGCUGCCAAUAAGAAAAUCAGAGUAGAAUGCCUCCCGGAGCAAGAAGCAAUGAAUCUAUUCAAACAGAAUGUUGGUGAAGAGGCCAUGAUUUCUCAUCGGGACAUACCGUCCCUUGCUAUGAAGGUUGCCAAAGAAUGCAGAGGUCUACCCCUCGCGCUCAUCACGAUUGGGCGGGCCAUGGCAUGCAAGAAGUCCCCACAGGAAUGGGAGCAUGCAAUAUCAGUUCUUAGCAUGAGCAAGCCACCAUCAGAGAUAUCAGGUAUGGAUGAUGAAAUGCUUUUGCGUUUGAAAUUCAGUUAUGAUAAUCUCGGUGGCGACAUGAUUAAAUCAUGUUUCCUGUACUGUGCCCUGUUUCCGGAGGACGACUCCGUUAGCGAAGAACAACUGAUAGAUUACUGGAUAGGCGAAGGAUUCUUAGAUGGGUGGGACGAUGAUCUUGAUGAAGCCCAUAACAAGGGACAUGAUAUCAUUGGAAGAUUAAAGACUGCAUGCUUGUUGGAGAGUGGUUCUGAUGAAAAAACAGAGGUAAAGUUGCAUGACAUGAUUCGUGAUCUGGCAUUAUGGAUAGCUUCAGAGUGCGGGAGAAAGAAGAAUAGGUUUUUGGUGAGAGCUGGUGUGGGACUGACGCAUACACCAGAGGUUGAAAGGUGGAAGGAGGCUGAGAGGAUAUCUCUAAUGAAUAAUGAGAUAAAAGAAGUAACAGGGACACCUCAAUGCCCAUACCUCUUAACCUUGCUGCUCCAGGGGAAUGAGUAUUUUAGAAAGGUCCACACUGAUUUUUUUCAGUUCAUGCCUCGUCUUAGGGUCUUGGAUCUGUCCUAUAAUUUUAAUUUAAAGGAGCUUCCUGCAGCGAUCGGUAACUUGUCAGAGCUACGGUAUCUCAAUCUAUCUAACAUGAAUAUCACAUCAUUGCCUAAAGAGAUAGGAAAUCUGGUGAAGCUGAAGCACUUGGACUUGGAGUAUACAACUAGUUUGCAAACAAUUCCUCAACGGGUAAUCUCCAGGCUUUCUGAGUUAAGAGUUCUAAAACUAUUUAGAAGUUAUUCAAAGUGGGAAGAAGGGAGUGAGGGAUUAAAUAUGAGUGAGUUGGGAGGCCUGGAACGUUUAAACCAUCUUAAUCUCACCUUAUCAAAUGUGCAUGAUCUUGAAAGGUUGCUCUGCUCUAGCAAGCUGCGGAACGUGACUCGAUAUCUAUUACUGUACAGCUGUCAUGAUCUGACUAUCUCCAACCAACUAUCGUCCCUUUUUACUGCAAUGAAAAGUCUUCAACAGCUUGCUUUUAUGGGCUGCGUUGGGUUGGUGGAGUUGACGAUUAGUGGAUAUGCAAAGAAGGAUGAUGAUUAUCCUGUUUCGAGCCUAAAAUCGCUCAAGCUUUGUGAUCUCUACCACUUAAAUUGCAUUCGGGUGGGCCGCGGAUGCUUCAGAAACCUUCACACCAUAAGGAUUUCGUCUUGUUACAAUUUGAAGAAAAUUUAUGGUUUACUGCAACUUGAAAGUCUUGAAACAAUUGACAUAAGAGCUUGCUAUCGGCUGGAAGAAGUAAUAGAUACGGUCAUUCCUGAUGAUGAAGUUGGAGAUAUAGGGCUAAUGCAACUCAAAUGUAUAACACUCCGGGGCCUUUCAGAACUAACGAGCAUCUUUAGCUAUGCACUGCAUUUUCCUUCCUUGGAGGAAAUCUACGUCCUUGGUUGCCCAAAGUUGAAAAAGCUCCCUCUUUCUCUCCACGGCGCACACAAUUCUCUAAGGAAGAUACGUGGUGAGAAAGGAUGGUGGGAUAAUUUAGAGUGGGAAGAAGAUGGCAACAAGUCUUAUUUUCUUCCUUUUUUCCAUGAAUAGGGAACAUAGAGUCAUUGUCAAAGUAGAAAUUCUUUUUAAUAGUUAUUUCUUAGGAUGUUAGAGUAAUUUUAGAAAGGAGUCUGAAUUUUUCUUAGAUCAAGUGUGCUAUGUUUUUUUAUGCGUUUAAUAUGUAAUAUGUGUGCCACUGUACCACAUGAUAUUAUAUUAAUUUCUUAUGUUGGCGAUUCUACG